CGACUUGGUCAACACAGGAAACCGCCAGUGUUAGGAAGGCCCCGCAGCUCACUCGCAGCAAGUGGCAUGGCAACAACAGCGCUGUCCAACACCGCACGAUUUCUACCCGAAUAUAAUGGUGUGCUGAUAUAUUGUGAUUAAACCCCAAUUUUUGUCGUCCAAGAGCGCUGUACGAAAAUGUUUUAGUCCAGCUACAGUUGAAAAACUUGCACGCCGAUUAGAAGAACCAAUAAGUGCUUAAGAAUCACGAAAAUACAAAUCAAAAGCCAACCAUUUUGUUAAACAGUGUGUCGCAGUGUCCGUGUUGUGCGUUGGUGUGGGUGCGUGUGUGCGUGCGGCUGCUAGUGUGAGUGUUCCGUCGAAUCGCGAAAUCGAGAAUAUAGAAAGAUGUGCUCCAUUCGCUGUUGGUGAGCUAUAGCUAUAGCUAUAUCGCGAACGGGGAGCGAGUAGUCCGCAGCCCGAAAUCCAGACCCAGAUCCAGAUCCAUAUCCAUUGAUUCCUUCGCCGCUGCAGCAUCCACAGCGCAAGAAUUCCGACCCAUUGAAAACCCCACAAGACCCACAAAAUGCAACCCUCUCCGCUCCACUACUCGACGAUGCGGCCACAGGCCCCCGGAUCGCUGGUCGAUCCCAACGAGGAUGAGCUACGCAUGGCCCCUUGGUACUGGGGGCGGAUAUCGCGGGAGGAGGCCAAGAGCAUUCUGAACGGAAAGCCGGACGGCAGCUUCCUGGUGCGGGACGCCCUCUCGAUGAAGGGCGAGUACACUCUCACCCUGAUGAAGGACGGCAUCGAGAAGCUCAUAAAGAUAUGCCACAUGGAUCACAAGUACGGGUUUAUCGAAACGAAUCUCUUUAAUUCGGUGGUUGAGAUGAUCAACUACUACAAGGAGAACUCGCUGAGCAUGUACAACAAGACGCUGGACAUAACGCUGAGUAAUCCGAUUUUGCGCGCCCGCGAGGAUGAAGAGUCACAGCCGCACGGGGAUCUAUGUUUGCUGAGCAACGAAUUCAUCCGGACCUGCCAGUUGCUCCAGAAUCUGGAGCAAAAUCUCGAGCAGAAGCGCAACUCCUUCAAUGCGAUUCGGGAGGAGCUGCAGGAGAAGAAGCUGCACCAGAGCGUAUUCGGGAAUACAGAGAAGGUAUUCCGUAAUCAAAUCAAGCUCAAUGAAUCCUUCAUGAAGGCGCCAGCGGAUGGCCCGACCCCGGAGGCUGCAGGAGCCGGAGAUGGAGGCAACGCAGCUGCAUCCGCCGCGGCCAAUGCCAACGCUCGCCGGAGCCUGCAGGAAAAUAAGCAGAAACUCCUCAACCUGCUCGAUGCUCUUCAGGCCAAGCUGCAAGUCCUUAACCAGUACAUGGAGAACAAGAAGAAGGAGGAGCUGCUGCUCGAGCGACAGAUCAAUGCCCUUAAGCCGGAACUGCAGAUACUGCAGUUGCGCAAGGACAAGUACAUUGAGCGCCUAAAAAGCUUCAACCUCAAGGACGACGAUCUAAAGAUGAUAUUGCAGAUGGGCUUCGACAAGUGGCAGCAACGUUAUGAGACAGUCUCCAACCAGCCGCACAGCAACGAAGCCCUCUGGUUGCUAAAGGAUGCCAAGAGGAGGGAUGCGGAGGAGAUGCUGAAGGGUGCGCCAUCGGGCACUUUCAUGAUUCGAGCGAGAGAUGCGGGUCACUAUGCUCUGUCGAUUGCCUGCAACAACAUUGUGCAGCACUGCAUUAUUUACGAGACGAGUACCGGCUUUGGAUUUUCUGCCCCUUACAACAUAUAUUCCACGCUGAAGAGCCUGGUGGAGCACUAUGCCAACAAUUCGCUGGAGGAGCACAACGACACGCUGACCACGACAUUGCGCUGGCCCGUCUUGUACUGGAAGAAAAACCCGCAGCAAGUGCAGAUGAUCCAAUUGCAGGAGGAGAUGGAUCUGGAGUACGAGCAGGCAGCCACGCUGAGGCUGCCGCCAAUGAUGGGCAGCAGUGCGCCGAUUCCCACGAGUCGGUCCCGUGAACAUGACCACGUAGAUGGAUGCGGAAGCCUGGAGGCGGAGGCGGCUCCGGCCUCCAUUUCGCCCUCCGACUUCAGCACAUCGCAGUAGGAGCCGCACCUCAAAUCGCCCGCUGAACGAGCCCUCAACCUCAGGCUAGCUAUCUAUCUCUCUAAUUCUAGCUUGCUCUAAAGCCCUAACUCUCUCUAUCUCUAGAUAUAAACCCGGUUGCGGUCCAAAUAAUAGCACUGCAGGCUCUGUCGAAAGUCGAAAACUUGAUAUGCCAGUAUCAUUCAUUUAGUUUUUUUCAUAAGAACAAGUUCAUAGUGGUUAGAGUCGUUUUCGAUUACCCUAACAUGUAUUCAGAUUAGUAAUUUAGUCCUUACUGCCAAUAUAAUAUUUUUAUCUGAAAAAGGGCUCCUUGUCACAACGCUAUUUCCUACACUGGCUGUUUUAGCUACUCGAGUUUCGAAAUUGAGUAAUGAGAGCCAAAGUAACACGCGUUGCUAAGUGUUACAAUGGCAAUGCUAUUAUUUCGGCCAUCGCCGAUUGUGUACAUCAGCAUAUAUAGGCUAUAUAUAUCUGUGCAUGAUUAUUUUUUGUGUGUGAUGGAUGGCGCUGGCAGUUUAACUGUCCUUCGCCUUCCCCUCCAGAAUUAGACGGCUCCAGAAACAAAAAGAAAAACAAAAAACAAAAAAAACGAAGGGGAAAACGUUUUUGGUGAUCAUGUUUAAUAGCUUGCUAGAAGCUCUGUGUAGAGGAACGAAAUUUUCUAAUUGGAAGAGUAAUCUUAUUAACAAUUCGAGUAAGAUUAAUUUUAUAUAAACAUAUUUUUUUGUAAUACUGCAUUUCGCGUGAUAAUUGAUAAGUCAAGCUAUCUGUUGUUGUAUCAACGCCCUAUCCCGUAUCCAUUAUAAAUAUUGUUAUUACGCUGCGCGUUGUCUGAAGGGGCGGGGUAGGAUCGUGAAGAAAUUUUCUGCAUUUCUUCAGCACAUUUUGUCGUGUUCAUGUAAAUAUUCUAAAAACGAAACAAAGAGGCACACGCUUGCAAAACGUUUGCGAAAUCAGGUUAAGGUUUUGAUAGCCUAGCCGCAACAGCUUUGGGGCCCCACCCCUUGCUCUAAUAUUUGUUGUUAUAUUAUAACUGAUUUAAAGUAGUUUUAAGUAAAAUCUACGUACGUUUACUCGAUGUGAUCAGUUGAUUGUUGCUAACGUUAACGUUAAUUUUCCUUCAAUUUUUUGUCAUUUUUUUUGUCCAAAAACAAAGCCUUAAUUUUUAUAGAAACACAAACACACACACACAACACAUAUACACUCAGUUGGA